UUUGACAGACGACAACAUAAACAAAAGACCUAUUAAUCAUCGACAUGUCAGCCAGCCGGCGACCCAUUAAUUAAAUUAAUUAUUUCAAAGUCAGUAAAGAAAUAUGUCGUCAAAUACGUAGCGUGAUCGUGCCUACCUCACUUUGUCCGUAGAAAAUCUGCUUUGACUGGCGCGCAGGCGAUCAAAAAGUGAGCAGCAAUGAUGCCGCGAUGUUGUAUGCGAUUCAAAGUGAAAUACUUGCUUCUCUCGGCCGUUUUGAUAUUUCUAUUAGAUUUCUUCGGCGUGUUCAUUCACAUGUUCGAAUUGGAUUACUACCGCCUGUUCUCGUAUCCGCUGAACGGUGACGUGCUUCACUACGCCCACCAGCUACGUUUCCAUCAAGAGCCAGACGUGCAGCCCAUCAACAUUUACAACUACACAUUUUCCAAGGAAUGUGCUUCGAAAUGCAUUGAGGAGGGGGCACCCGUGAGCCCACAACUGGUAUUUCUGGUUAAAUCCGCGAUGAAGAAUUUCAAUAGGCGCUCAGCGAUCCGCAAGAGUUGGGGCUAUGAGCGGCGAUUCUCAGAUGUUACGAUCAGGACAGUCUUCCUUCUGGGCAUUUCUGACAAUCGCGAGUUACAGAAGCAUAUCGACAUCGAGUCAGACCAGUACUCUGACAUUGUCCAGGCAAAUUUCGUAGAUACAUAUUUCAACAAUACAAUCAAAACCAUGAUGGGGUUCCAGUGGGCCGUGCGGUUCUGCCCACGCUCUCGAUUCUACAUGUUCGUGGAUGACGACUUCUACAUAUCAGCGAAAAACGUAUUACGUUUUGUUCGGAACCCGGCAAAGUACCCAGACUAUCUCGCUGAAGCUGACGAGACCCUCAGGAAACUUGCGCGCAAAUUGAAUCAAUCGGAUUUCCGCAACGGAACGCCCAAUGCGCAAUUCCUGAAAGAAGCCCAUCAAGUAGUAAUCCAGGGCGCCAGCUCGUUCGACAACAAGCGUCAUUUCCAUCGCAUCGAAGAGUUUGUGAACAAACACAAUCGACCGCGGACGUUCAACAACGGGUCCAGGGUCAAACGCCACAUCAUGGACAUGGAGCUGCCCAGCGACGCAAAAUUGUUCGCGGGCUUCGUUUUUGUGUCGUCACCACACCGACAUCGGUCCAGCAAAUGGCAUGUUACCCUUUCGGAGUACCCAUUCCACCUCUGGCCGCCUUAUGUGACAGCCGGUGCCUUCAUUGUGUCGCGAGAAGCGCUCUUUGAGAUGUACUUCACGAGCAUGUUCACCAAGCACUUCCGCUUCGACGACAUCUACCUGGGAAUUGUAGCGCUGAAAGCCCGCAUCGAACCUCUGCACUGCAAGGAAUUCUACUUCCACAAGGCUCCGUAUACGGGUCCCCAGAGCUACCGCUAUGUGGUGGCAUCGCACGGAUACGAUAAUUCCGAGGAGCUGAUUAAGGUGUGGACCGAGGCAAGGGCGGCCGGACAUGCGUGAACCUCGAACGAUCGAAAUAGUGAUCUUAGAAGAUCAAACCGACCUGAACCCAUUUCUUUAGAAAAAGACCUCAAAAAUAACCCCUGAAUAACAGAAUACAUGUGAUUUUGCACAUAUGUGAAAAAGUAGGCGAUAAGUCCCAGAAAUGACCAAAUUUUUGAAUAGAUUAGGAAGUAAGGAUGCAAGUGAAGACAGGAAAGUGUAAAAUAGCAAGUAAUCUGUAGUUAGACAUUCUCCAGAAAUUUUCCUCCUUAUAGGACGUAGUUAGUAAUGUAGACGCUUUUCAGUCUCUUCUCAACUUGACUCGAAAUAGGGAAAUAUUCUGCUUUCCUUUUUGAGGUGUUAACGUGCCUUUUAAGGGCGGCGGUAAUAAUUUAUUCUCAUGGUAAGAAUAUUGUAUUUAUCGUAAUUUACAAGAAACCAACAGCAAAUGGUUUACUGUUAUUAAAACAUGAUUGAGAUAUUUUAAGUUAAAUACAUUCAAAUUAACACUCUUA